CGGGCGAUGAGGCUUCGCGGCUCCAGUCUGACUGACGCCGGCUGGGGCCGCCGCCGCCGCCGCUGCAGCCGCUGUCUCGGUCCCCGCCGCCGCCGCCGUCCGCCGGGCCCUGCAGGCGCUGGGCGCGCGCAGCCAGGCAGAUUAAAAUCACCAACGGAACCUUCCAAGGAGACCAACUGAGUGGAAAUAACCUUCAGUAACUGCUAAUGGGAGUUGGAUUUAAAACCGUCAGCUUAAAAUAAAAAAGCUCAUGUCUCCUGAACUGUUAUCCAGCCGGAUCCCGUCACUACGACACACUUGGAGAGCCGCUGUCCUGAAAAGUAGUUGGGAAGACUAUGUUGAGAGUGGCUGCCCAGGAGUGGUGAGAGUGCAGUGACACAGCCUCGACCUCCUGGGCUCGAGUGAUUCUCCUGCCUGAGCGUCUGGAGGAGCUGGGACUGCAGAGUUGGCCAUCCCAUUCAAGGGCUUAGGAGACAGUCUACGCACUUCCCAAGUUGAAUUGGUCCCAGCUGCUCCCAGGAGAACGAGUGAAUUGGUCCCUAUGCCACCCCUGGAGAGCCGCUCGCUGCCCACUUGGCCGUGAAGGGCUGUGCGGUUCCCCUGCGCGCCAGAGCCUGCCGUGGCCUCUUAUGCACUCCACCACCCCCAUCAGCUCCCUCUUCUCCUUCACCAGCCCCGCAGUGAAGCGACUGCUAGGCUGGAAGCAAGGAGAUGAAGAGGAAAAGUGGGCGGAGAAGGCGGUGGACUCUCUAGUGAAGAAGCUGAAGAAGAAGAAGGGAGCCAUGGACGAGCUGGAGAGGGCGCUCAGCUGCCCGGGCCAGCCCAGCAAGUGCGUCACGAUUCCGCGCUCCUUGGACGGGCGGCUGCAGGUGUCCCACCGCAAGGGGCUGCCCCAUGUGAUUUACUGCCGCGUGUGGCGCUGGCCGGAUCUGCAGUCCCACCACGAGCUGAAGCCACUGGAGUGCUGUGAGUUCCCGUUUGGUUCCAAGCAGAAAGAGGUGUGCGUCAACCCUUACCACUACCGCCGCGUGGAGACUCCAGUGCUGCCUCCUGUGCUUGUACCAAGACACAGUGAAUAUAACCCCCAGCUCAGCCUCCUGGCCAAGUUCCGCAGCGCCUCCCUGCACAGUGAGCCACUCAUGCCACACAACGCCACCUAUCCUGACUCUUUCCAGCAGCCUCCGUGCUCUGCACUGCCUCCCUCUCCCAGCCACGCGUUCUCGCAGUCCCCGUGCAUGGCCAGCUACCCUCACUCCCCGGGAAGUCCUUCUGAGCCAGAGAGUCCGUAUCAGCAUUCAGUUGACACACCACCCCUGCCUUAUCAUGCCACAGAAGCCUCUGAGACCCAGAGUGGCCAACCUGUAGAUGCCACAGCUGAUAGACAUUUAGUGCUAUCGAUACCAAAUGGAGACUUUCGGCCAGUUUGUUAUGAGGAGCCCCAGCACUGGUGCUCGGUCGCCUACUACGAACUGAACAACCGAGUUGGGGAGACAUUCCAGGCUUCCUCCCGAAGCGUGCUCAUAGAUGGGUUCACCGACCCUUCAAAUAACAGGAACAGAUUCUGUCUUGGACUUCUUUCUAAUGUCAACAGGAACUCAACAAUAGAAAAUACCAGGAGACACAUAGGAAAGGGUGUGCACUUGUACUACGUCGGGGGAGAGGUGUAUGCCGAGUGCGUGAGUGACAGCAGCAUCUUUGUCCAGAGCCGGAACUGCAACUAUCAACACGGCUUCCACCCAGCCACCGUCUGCAAGAUCCCCAGCGGCUGCAGCCUCAAGGUCUUCAACAACCAGCUCUUUGCUCAGCUCCUGGCCCAGUCAGUUCACCAUGGCUUUGAAGUCGUGUAUGAGCUCACGAAGAUGUGCACCAUCCGGAUGAGUUUUGUUAAGGGUUGGGGCGCUGAAUAUCAUCGCCAGGAUGUCACCAGCACCCCCUGCUGGAUCGAGAUUCAUCUUCAUGGGCCGCUGCAGUGGCUGGACAAAGUUCUGACGCAGAUGGGCUCUCCGCAUAACCCCAUUUCUUCAGUGUCAUAACGGUCAUGUCUUAAGCUGUGUUUCCAUAGGAUAGAGGCUAUUUCAGGGAGUGGCUUGUAUCAUUUCACAUUUGCAACUAACUGAAGUUUCUAAAAACGUGUGUAAAUACAUAGAAGGUAUACUAUUCCUAUUUUUUUUAAUCACCAUUUGUUUUGUGCUUUCUAGUUAACCUGAAACCAGUGCAGUACGAUUGGAAAAGCAGGCCUUUUGUGCCUGUGCUAUAUAAUUGGCAGCUUUUGUGGGAGGAAACAAUUGAGGGGCAAUAUUGUCAAAAGUAUUUGAAGGGUGUUAGCAGAAGAAAAGGCAGCUUUAGUCAGCUGUGUCAUCAUAAAGCAUGUUGUGUGGCCUCACAGAAAUACUGAAACUGUUUAUACAGCAAAAGUCAGGAAUUAGCACUAGAGCAAAUAACACUCAGAUGAAACAAAGCGGGGAAAGCCCUACAGUUUCAAUGAUGUCACCUUAGUUCUCUUGGCAAGAAAAAAAAACACGCUUGGACAAUGAAUUAUAUGAGAUAAGUCAUAGAAACUUUACUUCUAAGGCUGACAUACCCAUAACUGGGGGUGCUGAUAUUCAGUGGUACAUUUUAACCGAACUGUGAUCAGAAAAGAAAAAAACUGUGAAGCCAAAAAGUCAUGUUCCCUCAGUCUACCACUGUAAAAACAGUCUAAUAUGGAAAAAUAAAUAUGAAAAUACCAUGAAAUGCUGUUUCCCAAAGUACAAGAUAAGACCAGAACUUGGUCGAGGAGCCACCCAGGGAGACACCUGCUUUACACAGAGGAGACCAGAUUCCUGCUGUCCUGGUUGUUCGUGUCAGGCAGUCCUGCAAACUUGGAUUCUGUACAGCGUGCCAGAAUAGCACGUGUUUCGGUCCUGUGUCAAGAAGCAGGUGAAACCAAAGGCUGGAGAAAAGCAUCACACGUUGACUUACACUUUCUCGUCUUCCCACAUUCAAGUCUCCUGGGGAAGGCAGUCCUUUGCCACGUUUUUCUGCCUUUUGGCAAGUAUUAACUCUGCAGAUUACUAAAGCAGCGGUAGAGACUUUGAGAAAAUCUGGAUACGUUAUUGGAUCAACGAGUUAUUUAACCUAGUACCUCCAGUGACUAAGUUAUCUAACGUCUCAUACCCAGAAAUAAAUUCCCAAAUACAGUUAUAAUAAUUUUAUAACCAUCUAUAAUUUCUAGGAAGCAGUGGUACUGAAUAAUAAGACAUCUUUUAAAAAUAUACACAAUAUUAAAACUUGUUCUUAUUUUACUUUAGAUGAUGGAGGAAAAUCCCCUAAAUUUCUAGGUACUUUCAUAAAUAUAUAUAUAUAUAUAUAUAUAUUUGCCAUGUACUAAACACUGCAUUGCUUGGAAAAAUAUUUCACACCUUCUUAAAAAACGUAUAAUUUAAGAUGGCAGUUAUGCUUGUAACAGACAGCACUUCAGUAAUCCGAGAAGUUUCUUCAUUAAUACAUUUUGUCUCAACUCUUUCUAGCUUUAGUGCACAUGGUAGUUUUCUCAUUAAAUUGUAUUCAAGGUAGAAAUGAUCACGCGAUAAAGAUAUAUAAUUGAGCUACUACUGUCACCUCUUAUGAUGACUAGUGUUAUCUAAUAGAAACUUUCAUAUAUACACGAUAGAAAAGAAGUAUUACAUUUUACAUUGAAACUAGGUUGCACAUGUAGUGUUUAGAAAAACGUGUAGUUUAUUGGUUCAUCAUCUAUGUGUUGUGCACCUACCUGUAGGUGUCAGGUACAAUGUUAGGUACUGUAGAGCCAACUGUAAAUAAGAGACGUCCCAGCCCUCACGGAGCCAAGAAUCUAAGUGAAUCUGUUUGCACGGACAUCUUCAUGUUUCAGAACUUGUAAAACAAAACAAAAUAAUACAGCCUUUUUUGCUUGAAAUAAUGUAAUUGAUUUCUUAUCUCUGCUUUUUUUAAUUUCCCUACUCUUCUGCAAAACCAGGUAAUGAAUUCCUGCUAUAAAUGCUACUUUUUUUUCCAUGUCUCAAAGUUGUUUUUUUUUUCUCCCCUUGCUUCCCUAUUUUCCAAUAAUUCUAUAUCUCCCUUUUCCUUAAUUAAUAUGGUGACAUUAAUUAGGAGACAUUAAAAAAAGACAUUAAUAUGUCAAUCUUAAUGGGAACCAUUAAUGGGAAUCUUAAAAAAAAAGACAUUAAUAUGUCAAUCUUAAUGGGAAUCUCAAAUGGGAACCAUUCCAUGGGAGAACUUCGACAUAGCUUUUGCUUCAGAGGUCAAACAUAGCUUUCAUGAUCUCUUGAUCAACUAUCUAACUUAUCCUCUGGUAAUCUUACACCUUUACCUAAUUAAUCUAAGCUGGUGGUUUAUAAAUGACAUCAAAAACAAAAAACAGUCUGCAGUGGCUGUGAUCCCAGCACUUUUGGAGGCCAAGGCAGGAGGAUCACCUGAGCCCAGUAGUUUGAGGCUACAGUGAACUAUGAUCACAUGACUGCAUCCCAGCCUGGGUGAAGACACUCUAGCCUGUAAACAAAAAUCAAACAAAAAACUUGUAUUUCUAUGCAGCUUUGGGAAGCCAGGACACAAUAUUGGAGUGAACCUGAAUUUUUCUGACAAAUAAAUUAUUAAAUUGGCACAUAUGAUCAUCAUAUCAUGUCUCAUCAAAAGCCUUUAUUAAGAUGCUUGUAAAAUUUGAAGAAUUUAGAAUUGACGAGAAGUUAACCCUUUAGUCACUGUAACAUAAUCAUAUUUUAAUCAACUUUUUUUUUUUUGCUACCAAGAGUUUCAAAAAAUGAUGCAGUAUUUGACUUCAGGCUUCUAAAUGUGGUCAUUUAGCACUCAUUUCUUGAGGCAGACAAUAAAAAAAAAUGAAUAGCAUUCUCUCCAGGAUAACUAAUAAAGCAGACAUGCUAAGCUUGUAAAUCCAUCAGCAUUGCAGCACACGUUUAAGGAUGCCACGGACAACAGACAAGGAUCACUCAGUAGAGAACACUGUAGUAACGUUCUGAGCUGCUCACAAGACCCAGAACAUUUACCAGUUUUUGUUGUUGGUUUAUUGUUUUUCUGUUAAAAAAUUGAGAUGUGAAAAGUUUGUUUUAGCCAGAUGAUAUUUUUUUAUAGUUGCCAGUGCUUGGGAACUAUAAAGAUGUCACUAUUUAACACAUAUACUUUAUGGUUUGUUUUGUUUUACACUCAGUAUAAAUCAGGAAAAGUUAGCCAGCCACCCAGCAUUUAGAAUCCUCCCUUAUAUUGUCUUUUAAGGAUAUGGACGUUCCUGUAACAGCAACAAAACAGCAACAAAAGCAUUUCAUAAAUAUCACUCAAUAGGCUUUGAGCAUCUGCUUAACUUUGAAUGUGUCCCAUAUAUUUAGCGUAUGUAUAUAUGUAUAUUCAACAAAUAAAAAUAUCACGUGCAUUUCACAUUUUGUCUUUCCCUGUUAGGAUUUUAAUAGCAGAAAUACAUGACAAGUUUAGUGAUCCUGGCAUAUGUUAAAUUCAGAUUAAUGUAAACCAGAUCAACAACCACAAAGAAAGUUUCUAUUUGAGCGAAGUUAUUCUUUCUAUUAUAAUGACUUGGCUUCGGUUAUCCAUCAGAUGCACACUUACACUGUUAUCUGAUUGUUUAUAAUAAAGAAUACUGUACCUACA